AUGCCCGCCCGGGCGAGCGCGAAGGCGCCCAAGGUUGUCGUCAUCGGCGGGCAGUUCGCGGGAAGGAAAGCCGCGCGUCUGCUUCAGCGCGACUUCGACGUCACGCUCGUGGACGCGAAAGGGGUGUGGGAGUACACCCCCGGGAUCCUUCGUUGCCUCGUCGAGCCGGGGACGUCUAGACACAUGGUCCUCGCGCAGCCGCCGGGGACGCUGACCGCGUGCGCGACCGGGUUCGAGAUCGAGGAGGUGGACGACGGCGGCGAAGUCACCGGCGUGGAGCUGAGCGACGGAUCGAAGUUGCCCGCGGACUUCGUGAUCUUAGCCACGGGCUCGUCCUACGCGUCUCCCGUGAAAACGUCGCAACUCGAAGCGUCCAGCGUGGAGAAGAGGCGCGAGGAGCUCGCGCGCGGGAAUGCAACCCUCGAGGCCGCUUCUAGCGUCCUCGUCGUCGGCGGCGGCACCGUCGGCGUCGAGCUCGCGGCGGAGAUCGUGGGGAAGUACCGCGCCGCGAAAAAAGUCACGCUCGUGACGCCCGCGGACCGCCUGCUCGAGCGCAUGCCGGAGCAGGCUGGGAAGCUCGCGCUGAAGUGGCUGAAAUCUAACGGCGUGCGCGUCAUCCUGAAGGACCGAGUCAGCGACUGGGGCGGCGCGCCCGUCGACGACUCCGUCCUCGCCCCCGGCGGCGGCGCGUACGUCGUGAAAACCGCCGGCGGGAAGACGAUCGAAGCGGACGUCGUGUACCCGUGCGUCGGCGGCGCCCCCGCGGCGGCGCCGGCGAAGAAAUCCAUCGGGUCUGCGAUGGGGAUCAAGGGGGACGUGCACGUGGACUCGGCGAUGCGCAUAACCGGGAUGACGAACGUCUUCGCCGCGGGUGACUGCGCGGACACGCACGUAGGGGAGGAGCGAACCGCGUUCACCGCCGAUCUCAACGCGAUCGCCGCGGCGGCGAACGUGAAGAACCUUCGGCGGGGGAGGAGCCUCCAGGCGUACCCGAACGUCGUGACCGGGUGGUCUCGAGUGCCCGUGAUCGCGGUCGUGAGCUUGUACAAGUGGUACGCCGUGAUGCAGUUCAACCGCGUCGUCAUCGGAGGGAAGUUCCCCGCCGUCGUGAAGUGGUUCUUGGAGACGAUGCAAAUCGCCGUCGCGCGAGGGACUUGGGGCGCGGCGUUCGUUUGGGACGCGAUAGAGAAGGUGACCGUCGCGCUUGGAAGGUUCUUGUUCACGAAAGAGGACGAAUCGGGGAGUGUUCCGGGGUUGGAGUUGAUGAAGAGCAUUAGUAAGAAUCCGCCGGUAGCUCCGGCGUAG